AUGGCUGAUGCUAUAAUUUCAUCGGUAGCAGAGCAGCUGAUGCUCAUUGCGAAAGAGCAUAUCAAGAGCGAAAUCCAACUGGUGAGAGGCGUGGAGAAGGAGCUUCUGAAUCUCUCCAACAAUCUCAAGGAGGUCAGAAAUGAGUUAGAUGAUGCGGAGAGAAGAAGAUACGAUGACAAAGCCAUCAGCGAUUGGGUGCUGAGCCUCGAACAAACGUCCUACGAAAUGGAGGACGUUUUGGAGGAGUGGUCUUACGCUCUUGUUCAGCAUAUGGUCGAAAUUGGAGCUGCAAACCUUAACAAAAAGCAGAAGCAAAAGGUAUCACCAUCGCUUCUUCUACCUUCGUGUUUGUGCUUCAGAAAUGUUGUGUUUCGUCAUGACAUUGCCGUCAAAGUCGAGAAUCUGAAAGCUAAACUCGAUGACAUUCUCAACGAGAAAAGCAAAUUUCAUUUUACUGCAGUUUCUGAAUUUCACAUUUCGAGGGUUCAAUCUACUUCUCGAAUCGACUCAUCUGAACUCCAAGGUCGGACGUGUGAUACCGAUUCUGUUGUGAAAGUUGUUUUGGGCUUCCGUGGGGAAUUAGGGCUUAGAAUUAUCUCGAUUGUGGGCGCAGGGGGGAUUGGGAAGACGACACUUGCUCAAUUAGCGUAUCGUGAUGCUCGGCUAAUAGAUUGCUUUGAUUUGAAAAGUUGGGUGUGUGUCUCGAAUUCAUUCGACGCGGCUAGGAUUGCACAGGAUAUUUUUGAGAGCAUGGGUAAGGGCAGAAUGACUAGCAUUUCCAAUCAACUGGAUGCCACGCUUGAAAGGCUGGUAGAGCUGAUUGCAGGGAAAAGAUUUCUGUUGGUGUUGGAUGAUGUCUGGACAGAAGACUAUGAGAAGUGGGAGCCUUUGAAGAAUGCCCUCAAAAGUGGUGGAGCAAGCACCACUGUUUUGGUGACAACAAGAAAUGAGAAUGUUGCCAUAAUUAUGGGCACGAUGGAGCAGAACAUCUAUAGUCUAGGGCUCCUUCCGGAAGCCGAUUGUAGGUUGUUAUUGGAGCACAUAGCCCUCUCUGGAAGGAGCAUGAAGGGGUUUGAGGAUGUGUGCAAGAAGAUAGCUCGUAGAUGCAGCGGUUUGCCCCUUGCUGCAAAGACUCUCGGAAGCCUUCUACGUUUCAAGGACACGUUGGAGGAGUGGGAGAAUGUGUAUAUGAGUCGAGUGUGGGAAUUCAAGGAAGUGAAAGCGAAGCUUUUCCCACAUCUGCUUUUGAGUUACAAUGAACUAUCCCCAAUGCACAAGCGUUGCUUUUCUUAUUGUGCUUUCUUCCCUAAAGAUGAGAAGAUUCGUGUGGAAGAAGUAAUAAGAUUAUGGAUGGCACUAGGUUAUUUGGGCUCUAGUGCAGAGAAUGAUGGAGAUAAGCUAGAACUGAUAGGGCAAGAAUGCUUCAAAACUUUAUCUAGCCGAUCCCUGUUUGAAGAUAGGCAGACAGACUCCUUUAAAUUACAUGACAUAGUGCAUGAAUUUGCUCAGUUUCUUAGGAACGCUAGCAACAGGAUGGAGGACUCCGAGAUAAAGACACCUUGCCAAGUUUGUUGCCCAUUUAUAGCUCAGGUCAAAGCUUAUCGGAGCUUAAUGUUUGACAAAAGGUCUACCAUUCCGACUCUUUGCAACUGCCUCACCAGCCUCAGAGUGUUAGGACUCUGGAAUUAUUUUCCUAUGGGAAUUGAGAAUUUGAUUCACUUGAAGUGGUUGUCUAUAGAUCAGUGUGUUGUACACAUUGAAAAUAUGGAUAACAUUUGCAAGCUUUAUUAUUUGCAAACCCUUUUCCUAAGGUCUUGCAACCUGGUAAUGAUUCCAAGAGAAAUUAGGAAUCUGAUUAAGUUGAGACACUUGGACUUGAGCAAUAAUAAAGAGCUGCUGAAGUUGCCAGAGAGCCUAUGCGAGUUGCCACAACUGAGAACCUUGAAUGUCGAGGGAUGUGUUGAACUCUCCAACCUUCCUCAAGGAGUUGAUAGGCUCAAAAACCUCAAGCAUCUCCACAAUAUGUAUUCUGUGAUGCAGUUACCUGAGAGUCUAGCUAAGUUAACUGGUCUUCGCAGGUUGAGUGAAUUCAACGGGGGAAGUGGUGGGAGCAGGAUGGGGUUGCUGAAAAAGUUAAACCUUCUCAGUGGAUCCCUACAGCUCAAAAUAACUUUGGGAAAAGAUGGAGUGGUGGAGGAUGCCCGGGAGGCAGAGUUGAAGCUAAAGAGGCACAUUGAAUCACUCCGUGUGGAGUUCUUGACUGAGUCUGGGAUUCCAUCAUCUAUGAUCCACAUGGCUGAGGGUGUAAUGGAUGCUCUAGAGCCACAUCAAAACCUCAGACACCUCUCAAUAUUUUUCUACGAUGGCACCAAGUUUCCGGAUUGGAUCUCCUCUCCUCUAAACCAACUGAGGUCUGUUUCACUCACUAGUUUCAGAAACACGCCGUGCUUGCCCCCUCUCGGAAAAUUGCCCUGCCUGGAGGAGAUCGACGUCCGUGACAUGUACCGAUUGGUAGUUCUGGGGCCACAGCUAUGGGGACUGGGAGAUGCUGCUUCAUCUCCUAACAAUGUUAUCUUUCCGAAGUUGAAGAAACUGAUUUUCAAGGGGUGCGAAAACUGGAGGGAGUGGGAGGACAUUACCACUGCACAUGAAGAAUGCUCGAUAAUGCCUUGUCUUACUGAGUUGGCUAUCCGUUUCUGCUCCGAGCUGACUGCACUACCACAUUGCCUGAUUGGUAAGGCGUCGUCGUUGGAGUUGUUGGAUAUUUCUGGUUCAGGGCUGCUGAUAGAGCGCUAUGGCGACAUCAACGCCUCGGCCUGGACACUCAUAUCCCAAAAUAAUCCACAUCUUCGCCUUAGAAUGUAAUUCUUGUUUCUCUGUGUGAAUAUUUGUUGGGGAUUAUUUAUCUCUCAAAAGUUCAAAUGCAUAACAGUUCAAAUGUACGCAUAUUUGUUGUCAAUUUCA